AUGUCUGAUUACACUCACAUCAUCAACGGCAAGGCCGUUACUUCCUCAAUGAGCAUGACUGUGAUUAAUCCAGCUAACAUGCAAAAGAUCGCGGAGGUACCAGUAGCAGAUAAAGAACUACUUGACGAAGCUGUGGCCGCAGCUCGAGCGGCAUUUCCUUCAUGGUCCACCAAGUCCCAGGAGGAUCGCGCGGCGGCGUUAUUGAAAAUGGCUUCGGUUAUUGAGGAAAACAUGCAAGAGUACAAGCAUAUUCUUACAUCAGAGCAAGGAAAGACACUGGCAAAUGCAGAGUUUGAGCUUGGUGUAUGCAUAGCAGCUUUGCGCGACACUGCUGAACUUCGUUUAUCCGACAAUAUUAUUUUCGAAGACAAUGAAGCAAAAGUAAUCGAACGUCGUGUUCCGAUAGGUGUUUGCGCAGGAAUUAUACCAUGGAACUUUCCUCUUAUUCUAGCGAUGUUAAAGCUUGCGCCAGCAAUACUUGCCGGAAAUACUUUUAUUCUCAAACCUUCACCCUUCACGCCGCUCACUAGCCUUAGAAUGAUCAAGGAUAUGCAGGCCUUCCUACCGCCCGGGGUAGUCAGCAUUCUGAGCGGUGACGAUAGCCUGGGUCCCCUCAUCACCGAUCAUCCAGACAUUGACAAGAUAAGCUUCACUGGAUCCACAGAGACUGGGAAAAAGGUUAUGGCCGGUGCCAGUGUAGGACUGAAACGGCUGACCCUUGAGUUAGGCGGCAAGGACCCAGCCAUCAUUCUCCCCGAUGUUGAUCCGUCAAAGAUAGCUCCUGAGAUAUUUUGGGCAGCGUUUAUUAACAACGGUCAAACAUGUUUUGCUGCCAAGCGAAUUUACAUUCACGAAGAAAUUUACGAUCAAUUUCGGGAUGAAUUCGUCAAGUAUGCCAAGACUGUUAAGACAGGAAACGGUGCGGAUCCUGGUACCCAGCUCGGACCAGUACAAAAUACCCUACAAUACAAACGCGUGAUCUCGUUUAUUGAAGACUCGCAUGCAAAUAAUUAUACAUUCGCCCUGGGAGGGGUUGUACCUACGGACCCGAUAGAUGGUCUCUUCAUCCCAGUCUCAAUUGUUGAUAAUCCUCCCGAAGACUCCAAGAUCGUACGCGAGGAGCCUUUUGGUCCAAUAGUACCUUUAUUGAAGUGGAGCAAUGAAGAAGAAGUAAUCAGGCGCGCAAAUGAUACAGAAUAUGGUUUGUCGGCUAGCGUGUGGGGAAAAGAUACAGCAGCUGUGGAGCGAAUUGCAAGACGAAUUCAGGCCGGCACGGUAUGUAUGAACGAAUUCAACCCAGUAGAUCGCUACUCCGCGUUUGGAGGUCAUAAAAAGUCCGGGCUUGGAGUUGAAAACGGGAUUCAUGGGUUGUGGUCCUUCACGAGUAUCCAAAGUCUAACUCUCAAGAAGCACCCGGUGUUUUUCUACUAUACUGCUGGUGUUUCUGCAAAUCUCGAUGGCCAGCGUCUGCACGUGUUGAAGGGCAGCUCAAAUGACAUCUGGGCAUCGAGUUGGUCUUAUGCUGGUACGGCGUAUGCGAUUCCUAACCGUGAUGUUUGGGCUAUCGAUGCAACCAUUUUGUUCCUUCCGGCUGGACCAUACCUCGUUUUCUCCAGCUGGGACGGAGAUGAGCAAUGCCUUUGGAUUUCCAAAAUGAACUCUGCAACGAGUGUUGGCAACGCUGUCAAGAUUUCCCGUCCUACGAAUGCUUGGGAACAGGUGGCCUCUAAAGUUAACGAAGGGCCUGCUGCGCUUUACCAUGGCGGUAGGACAUGGAUUAUCUAUUCAGCUUCUGGGUGCAUGGGAACUGGAUAUUCAUUGGGAAGUCUCGAGCUUAUUGGAUCUGAUCCUCUGUCCGCUUCUUCGUGGGCCAAGUACAAUAACGGCCCUAUCUUCAAGGCAGCCUUUGGUAAUUACGCUCCCGGACACAAUGGAUUCUUCACAGCCCCAUCCGGGAAUAUUUAUAACGUUUACCAUGCUUCCCCCUCAUCUGCGGUCACCUGCGACGGAAACCGGAGGACAAUGGUUCAGGCCGUCGGGUGGCAUUCUGAUGGCUCCCCCAAUUUGGGCCAACCUCGCGCGCUCACGGACAAUGUACCAGAGCCUGCUUGA